GCUAGCAACAACGAUAUACCAUUAGCAACGUCGCUUAAACGCCGCCUAGCCGCCGAAGAAUUAACAAAGUCUGGGAUCUAGCAGCCGUUUGCGUAUCAUAAGCGAAUAAUCAAAUAAAGUUCUUAACUUUAAUGAUAAUUAGGAAGGUGAUAGUAACGUUUCCUCUCGGCUUUUCCCCAGUGAAUUGCAACACGUAAAUAGAGCUAGUAGUGUUGAUUAGGCUUGCUGCCUUACGUGUCUUCGUAAGCCUUACGUGCACAGCGCCAUCCCUUUUUCCACGGUUAGCCCAACACUUUAGCAACAUCCAAUUGCACGGACAGCAGUGGUUCCCUUACCCUUUCAAGCACCGCGACUGACGUCGCUGUCGCCGCCCAUCGGGGCGGCGCCGGCGGGCAGGACGCCAUGACGGUAGCAGCGGAUGGCAAGAGCAUUCAAUCCCCGGCCUCCGGGAAGGCUGUGGAUGCUAUGGACGUGGACAGCAGCCCCAAGGGUGGCCUUAAAGGCAUGGACGGAUUGGAAGCCAUGGCAGGGGACGAGGCGCUUACGGAAGCCUUGUACGGCGACCCAACUCGGCUAACGGAGCCAAUUAAAACGGUCCAGGAUAAGUUCGCGCUGCUACCAGCCUUCCUAAAGGUCCGCGGUCUUGUGAAGCAGCACCUGGACUCGUUCAACUUCCUGCUCAACUCGGAGCUGCGCAAGAUCGUGGCGGCCAACGAGAAGGUCACCUGCGACACCGACCCCAACUUCUACCUCAAGUACACCAACAUCUACGUGGACGGUCCCAGUGUGGAUGAGGACAUGGUGCAGGUGGGCACCACCCCCCAGCAGUGCCGCCUGCGUGACGCCACCUACUCCGCCCCCAUCACGGUGGACAUCGAGUACACACGCGGCAAGGAGAUCGUGGUGAAGCGAGGGCGGGGCGGGGUGGGCGCGGUGUGCAUCGGCCGCAUGCCGCUCAUGCUGCGAUGCGACAGAUGUGUGCUGUACAACAAGAACGAGGCGCAGCUGGCGCAGCUGGGGGAGUGUCCACUGGACCCGGGCGGCUACUUCAUCGUGAGGGGCACGGAGAAGGUCAUCCUGAUCCAGGAGCAGCUGAGCAAGAACCGCAUCAUCAUCGACACCGACAGCCACGGAGAGGUGAUGGCAUCCGUCACCUCCUCCACGCACGAACGCAAGUCCAAAACCAACAUCGUGUUCAGCAAGGGCAAGAUCUACCUGAAGCACAACGCGUUCCAGGACGAUGUGAACAUCCUGGUCGUGCUGAAGGCCAUGGGCUGCGAGAGCGACCAGGAGGCGGUGCAGGCGGUGGUGGGGGGCGGCUUCGGACCGCACAGGGG